AUGCCAAGUUACCUCGUCGACCAAAAGGUGUGCAAACCUCUUGAGGACGUUGUUGAUUCAGACGUUGCCGGAUGGGGAGUCAUCACUGCAUUCACUGCAGCUAUUGUCCUAAACCUUUCUGCUAUCGUAAUAGCAUAUCUUCUUCUUGCCUUGCCUGAUGAUAGAUACCAACCGGUCGACCGACUCCUUCUUGGAAUGAUAGGAUUACGCAUUCCUUCUCCACCGUCAUGCGACCGUCCUACAAACACUCGAGACCGUAGUGGUAUUGCUUCUGCGCCACCAACACCUGUUCCCCCGGUGGAGUCUCCUAUACCAAGAACCGUUCCUGAGUCAUUUCGUGAUAACAAAGUCGAGAGAAAUUGGACUUUGGCGUUGAAGGCUCUGGUCCUUGGAAUGGGCGAUCAACAACUAUUCACCGGCAUGGCCCUCAUGAUACCAAUGCUGCUAAUGACAGCAGGUUUGCAUGGUUUGGAUGAAUCUCUCUCUGUUUACUCAUUCAAAGUUGUUACCAUGCUGGCCUACUUCUCUUUUAUUAUCCAGUUGUGUUCCCUUACAGUCAUUCCAAACGAUACCACCGAAAAACAACCCUUGAGAUACUUCAGAGCUGGUAUUAUGAUGCUUUUUCUUUGGAUUCUAAUAUUUUGCAUGGUUAUUUCACAGUCAGUAACCUUCCGUUUCAACUCGAAUGUCUCCGUCAAAUGCGCACUACAAAAUCUACAUAUAGUGGACCCUCAGAGGCCAGGCUAUACAGUUUUAUCUGAUGAAGCUAUCAUCUUCUUCAACUUAUUAGUCCUUAUAGCAAUCAUCAUGCUCGAAUACUUCAGGCGAGUAAGGGGGCUCCUUAAACCGGAUUCAUCAGGUAGUACUAGAAAUGCAACGCCUGUGGUUGAGCCAACAACUAACACGGCGACUAUAACAAUUGAACGCCCUAAGGAUAAAGAUACAAUUGAACACAGGUUUUGGCUACAUCUUGGCUUGGACAAUUUCGAAUGUAGCUUCCUCUUGGAGCUUAUAUGGAUGCUGUUCUAUUUUACAUUUGGAUUAGCGAAUCUUUGCAAGUUUCUCAUCGACGGACACGCGAACAUUGGCGCUGUUGAGCCCAGCUUCGGUCAACUCGUCCCUAUCUUCUUACUCGCUCAUCCAUUUGUGUCUGCCUCGGAAGCGAUUUCAAGUGAGUCAUCAUGCAUGUUCCCCAGUUUGUAG